UGACAGAUUUAAAACAGCUUUAUGAAAUUCCUGUGUAAUUCGCGGUAAAAAUUGAGCUUGAUUAUAAGGUGGGCGAAUUAUGAAGCCUUUCGGCGGCCGAUCUCGCUCGUAUCUAAAUAGGAUCCUUCUGAUCUGACACGUGAUCGCUUUAAAUUGAAAUCAAUUUCAACCGGAAAUAGCCGGUGCCCCGCGCGCGCUUCAAAAGUAAACAAACGACGAGGUCAGAUUUUUUUUUGCCCCGUUUUUCCUUCACAUUAUAAACAGGAAAUGUAUUUAGGAGCAAUGGAUUUAUGAAUCUUAUCUUCGAGGAUUGAUUUCUAACGAUUAAAACCAUCCCUGUUCAUAUAUCGAAACAUUUUCCUGCCCAUCCAGCUGAGAAAACCAGAAAAUGAAGUUUCACAUUACUUUUGGCUACAAGAAGAAGGUGCUCGAUGUGUUAUACCCUUACAUAAUCCGCAGCAUGAUAACUCGUGCUUUCAAUUUGCCGUCGGGAAAUUUUAGUAUCCAGAAGUGGAACGAUGACUGGCACGACUGGGUGGACGUUGAACCAUCAGACUUACAAGAUGGAGAUCGACUGAAUGUAAUUAUGAAUCUCUCAGAGUUAUCCAUGGGUAUCAGUCCAGGUGCUGGUAACAUUAUGAGCCAAAGCCCAGUCACACAGGCUACCAGUCCUAUGGUUAGUAAUACUUCUUCAUUGCUCACCUCCUCAAUGGUCAGUUGUAGCAAUUUAAUGGUCAAUAGUCCGGUGGUUACAAAUAGUUCAUUGAUGAUUAAUAGUCCGAUGGUUACCAAUAGUUCAUUGAUGAGUGGGUUUGAAGAACCGGUGGCAGCGUCAUCUAAUUCAUUGCAAGAUGUUGUUGAUACAUUGAUGCCUGAUGCUGACAAACACGAGGCUUCAUCGUCCACAGUUUCAAAUUCUGCAAAAUCUUCAGAUGUGCGAAACAAAUUAGCCCACUCUGAACACAUGGAGUUUAAGCCUUGGCCGGUACCAUUCCGAAUUCCUACACACUUAUUCCGUCCUGAGUUAAAAUCUACACUUGCUUCGAAACAGGUGUUAAGUCGCAAGAUGAAGUCUGCACUGAUACAAGCUAUUUAUGACGAAAUGAUUAAUUAUACAGUUUACCCUACGUCAUCUCAAUACAAAGAAGUUGCCAUGGCAAUUAUUACAGAAUAUUCACAUUUACGGGAUACGGUCCCCGGCGGUAAAGGUUAUGAAUCUUGGUCUGCAACACUUUCUGAUAAAUUCCGUAAUGAGAGAAGAAUUAUGACAAACAUUGAAGUUGUGGAAAAACGUAAGCGUCGACGGGUUGUGAGCGAACCGGAAUCAUCUUCGAGUGAAGUGUGUGAAAAACCUGUUGCUGCCCAGUCUUCUCAUCGCCAAACACAGGACGGUUUAGAGUCUUGGAGUACAGGACAAGGUAUUUCUAGUCUUAUUGAAUCUUUGGAAGGAUGUACUUCUACUGCCACUACCACAACUGCCCUGCGUAUUCCAACAUGUGAAGAAUCUCCGAGUUUUACAUCUUCAUAUGUGAAAUCACCAACACCAUUUAAAAAAGCCUAUGUCGAACCAGAACAUUCUGAUGGAAUUUUAAAAUCCUUGUCUUGGUUGUGGAGAACUAACAAACUUUGUGAUGCCGUUAUUUGUAGCGGAGAGACAAAGAUUAUGCUUCAUCGACUGAUUUUAUUUGCUGUGAGUCCUCAUCUGCUUGAGAAAAACAUAAGAGACGGUGCGGAGCUUGAAGUGAAUCUUCCGUCUGGCAUCAACGAUGAAGCUCUUGCCACCUUUGUAGCUUUUCUUUACGAUGGAGUGUUGAACUUAACCGAGUACAAUUACAAAGACAUUGAACGUGUUGCUAAUUUGCUGAAAGUAGAGAAAGUUCAGCGAUAUUGUCGAGAAUUUUCUUCCAGUUUAGCUGAGUAUAAGCUUCAUCUGCAGCUUCCGAUAACCAUGCCUUCUUUGAUCGAAAAUUACAGCCAGGAAUAUGCUGGCAAACGGAAAAGAGGGCGCCCUAGCAAACAGACUGUAAUUCUUAAUUUAGGGGACGACCAUAGUCUGGCUGAUAGAAUAGACCCUAAUCAUUAUCAGCAUUCUGCAGAUCUUACGAGUUACCAUAACAUUGCUCUUGCGAGUCCUGCUGCUUCGGCAAUGUCUAGACUCCACCCUGGGAGUGACAUGCCUGUCGUGUUUCCUGAUAGUCAAGAAUAUUGUCUUCCGUCCACGAGUCAAAAUGCUCAGAUUUUCACGACUCCCCAAGGACAGGUCAAAACAGAACCGUACCAGCAUUCUUCAGAGUUUAAUUCUUCCAUUCAGCUUAGUCAGAAAAAGCAAAGUACUGACCAGAUUAGUUCCUAUUUGUCACAAGAAGGUAAAAGUUAUGAGAACGACCUUCAAGACCAAAGUACUGAACACAUUAACAACAACUGCAGCACAACCACCGUUCCUAGCAACAACAGCGAUGGAGACAGUGGGGAAGAUAAACAGAUGAACCAUUCUAUUCACGAUAACCAAUCUUCACAGAAAAACAAUGAAAGAAAAUCUCCAAAUAAAUCGUUAAGUCCCGAAUUAUCAAAAGCAGACUUGAGUUCAACUGAAGUCCUACAGCAAACAUCCUCACCGUCUCCUUUUCCUGUUACUUUGGUGCCAACAUCGGGUGACGCAUUCUCCCUCUAUUCUCUUGCAUCAAACUGAAACCAUUAUACAAAACUGACAAAAAUAAAACAUAAAUGAAAUUUUUUCCUCAUGAGACCAAUAUCAACUGAAAUUCCUUUCACAUUCAGAGACCAAUUUUGGACAUAUCAUCUUUUUGCUUCCUAUUCAUUUAUAUAUGUGUGUACAUUUGUGGUUGUUGACAUAAAUGCAUAACUAUCUAUCAACAUAUCUAUAAUAUAUAUAUACACAUAUAUAUGUAUGCACACAUAUAUAUGUAUAUGUAUGUAUGUAUAUUGCUUUGUUCAUCCAUUCACUCAUUCAUACAUUCAUUUGAAUCUAAAGUUUUACUCCAUCACUAUUCCAAUUUUCUGGUAUCACAUCACAUUAUAAAAACAACCGUGGGUUCCAGUAUCUAAAAACACGUUUGAAUAUGGUACAAGAAACCCUCAGAAACAUCAAACAGAAGACUAUAUUAUCUGGUGUAAUAUAUAUAUAUAUAUAGGUUUAUAAAUAUAUGUAUAUGUUUUACACACACACACACACUCACUCACACACAUAGAU